AUGUCUUUCGCCGCUAGAUCCCUCCGCCCCUUCGCUUCUCGCGUCCUGUCGCAGAAGCUCCCCCUCUCUUCCGUCUGCAGGGCCGCACCCGCCAGUUUCCCGCGGGGAAGUGUCCGGAGCUUCUCCCAGAGCCCACUUUCUCAAUUGAAGAAGUACACUGAGUCGCACGAGUGGAUCGAGCUCGCCGAGGACGGCAAGACUGCGAAGAUUGGAAUCACCAAGUACGCUGCUAACUCCCUUGGCGACGUUGUGUUCGUGGAGCUCCCCGAGGUCGACCUGGAGGUCAGCGCCGGUGAGCCCGUCGGUGCUGUCGAGUCCGUCAAGUCCGCUUCGGACGUCCUUUCGCCUGUCUCGGGUGUUGUUACCCAGGGCAAUGCUGUGUUGGACGACAAUGCCAAGUUCAUCAACCAGAGUCCCGAGGGUGAUGCCUGGAUUGCGGAGAUCAAGGUGAACGAUGCCGCAGAGUUGGACGGACUGCUGGACGAGGCUGCCUACAAGGCUACUAUUGAUGAGGAGUAA